AUGUUCGUCCAUUCCCCCUGGAAUACAAGCCUUACUCGUGUUAACACUGGAAAUAGGACAACGCGACGUGCUGCUGCGGUUAAUCGCAUUCGCGGACCCCAGUCUGCACUCACAGACUUCCUCGCCUCUCACAACAUCUCAGCUCAACAGAUCCAACAGGACUACCAGCAACGCCUCCGCGAAGCCGAGCGAGACACAGGAGAAGGUACCGAAAAUGCGGAUGCGGACAAGGAAAAUGAAUCCGGCGAUGACGGUGAGGACGAUGAUCCUGUUGAGCGCAAGAAGCGCAAGAGAAAACAGGAGAAGGCUUUGAUGAAGAUCAAACAGAGCAAGGAGUUCAAAAAACGCAAGAUGGAGCGUAAACUAGAGCAAGGCAGUGACUUCGAGACGGACGACGACGAAAUUGCCCGAGCCAUGAUGGCCAAAGCUAAACCCCUGCCGGGUCAACUUGACAACUGCGAGCAAUGUGGAAAGAGAUUCACCGUCACCCCUUACAGCAGGACUGGUCCUGACGGUGGUCUUCUGUGCACAAAGUGCUCUAAAGAACUCAAGGACGAGGAAAAGAAAGAAGCCCAGGCCAAGAAAAAGCGAGCCUCUGUUCCUAAAGGUCGCCGUCGACAGACCGAAAGCGAUCGAAUGAUGGGUGACGUCAAGCCUGGCGCCAAAAGCCUGGUUGAUAUGUGCGUUCGUAAAGUUGCCGACGUGGUCAACGACAUCGAGGAGUUCGGUGAUAUGCCACAAAAUCUCUUGGAUCGAUUAAGCCAAAUUCUUUCAAAACGGAGAGUCCUGACUCCUCGAACACUCGAACUAUUCCUCCGCCCUGAUGUCGACCGCAUCAUCGUGUACGACUGCGGCAAAUUGGAGCAAGAAGACUUUCAAAAGAUCUUCGCACUAAUGCCCCAGGUCGAGAUUGUUAACUUGCGCUUCGCGGGCCAGCUGAAGGACGGACCCCUUCUGUAUAUGGCCGAUAAGUGCAGGAAGAUUCGUCACCUGCAGCUUGGUGCAACAAACUUGGUCUCGGACAAGGCCUGGAUUGAUCUGUUCAACUCACUUGGCCCUCAGCUGGAGAGUCUGAAGUUGUCAGAACUCAACGACUCAUUGAAGGAUGAUACAGUCGCGCUACUUGCGAAGAAAUGUCAGAAACUCAAGAGACUCAAGUUAAGGUCAUGUUCACACAUGGGUGAGGCAUCGCUUGACGCACUCUGCGCACUGUCGAAUCUCGAGCACCUCACUCUCGGCAGUGUCGCCCAGGACACAUGUUCACAGACUCUGAUCAAACUCAUCUCCAGCUUGGGCGCCAAGCUCCGUACUCUCUGCCUAGAAGACUUCCAUGAACUCGACGAUGCCGUCAUCUAUGCCAUCAAGAGCCACUGCCCCCAACUCUAUAAGCUGCGCAUUCGAGGAAGCAGCAUCUGCAGGGACGUUGUCUUUGCCGAUCUCUUCGGCAGUAACUGUCCCUUCUCUCCCCUACUGUACGCCGACUUCUCUGACAACCGCGACAUUGACAACAUGAACCCUGAAGGCCCACAAGACGACCCGAUAGGCUUUGGCUCACUCGCUCUCCGGGCACUCAUGGCCCAUUCCGGUGUGCGGCUCGAAUGUCUCAAUCUCAAAGCCUGUCGUCACAUCUCCCAGUCUACCCUCCUCGAGGUGUUCGACGGUGUCAAGCAGUAUCCCGCUCUCAGGGAUAUGGAUCUGUCAUUUGUUACGCAGGUCGAUGAUGUGGUCAUGGCCGGAAUAUUCAAGAGUUGUCCUUCCCUGGCAAAGUUGGCUGCAUUUGCCUGUUUCAACGCCAGGUCGACGAGGAUCCCUGCUGGAAUCGCCGUGGUUGGAUUGCCUAACGCGAGUGCGAAUAUUGUGCAAGGGGACUUUGCCGCGGAGUUGUGA